CCCUUUGCGUUAGGUAGGACCUCUUCUGUCCGCGGUGGUCUAAGCCGCUGUCCCGGCCUGCAUGGUCCCCUCCCGAGUCCUAUUUUGAUUCAUGUCCCCUGUGUAGCUUCGACCGCUCAGCGCCUCUACCGCGUCCCCCCCUUUACCUCUCUUGCUUCAUUUCGUCCCCCCCCCCUUCCCCGGCAUUGACCGCCAACAUGGCUGCGGUGGUGAGCGCCUCGUCCGGGCCGGUGGCGCGGCUGGAGGGCCGCGAGUUCGAGUACCUGAUGAAAAAGCGCUCGGUGACCAUCGGGAGGAACUCCUCACAGGGCUCCGUGGACGUCAGCAUGGGCCACUCCAGCUUCAUCUCGCGGCGGCACCUGGAGAUCUUCACCGCCAGCGACGACGGCACCGGCGGCGGGGAUUUCUACCUGCGGUGCCUGGGCAAGAACGGGGUGUUCGUGGACGGGGUGUUCCUCCGCCGGGGCGCCGCUCCUCUGCAGCUGCCGCCAAUAUGCACGUUCAGGUUCCCCAGCACCAACAUCAAGAUCACCUUCACGGCGCUCUCCAGCGGGAAGAAGAUGAAGCGUGAAGCUCCCGAGUCUCCCGUCAAGCCGGUCCAGCCUCACAUCGCCCCGCUCACCAUCAACAUUCCAGACAACAUCGCCCACCUCAUGAGCCCGCUGCCCUCGCCCACCGGAACCAUCAGUGCUGCCAACUCGUGCCCCUCCAGCCCGCGAGGUGCCGGUUCCUCUGGCUACCGCAUGGGAGGCCGCAUGGUGAGCUCUGCCGAGCUGCAGCUCAUCAACGACAACUCUCAGCCUGACAACGACAAAGAGGCGUCAGGAGAGGACAGUCCUAAGGACGACUCCAAGCCUCCCUACUCGUAUGCUCAGCUGAUCGUCCAGGCCAUCACCAUGGCGCAGGACAAGCAGCUCACACUAAACGGGAUCUACAACCACAUCACCAAGAACUAUCCCUACUACAGAACUGCCGACAAGGGCUGGCAGAACUCCAUCCGUCACAACCUGUCGCUGAACCGCUACUUCAUCAAAGUGGCUCGCUCGCAGGAGGAGCCCGGCAAAGGUUCCUUCUGGAGGAUAGACCCGUCCUCAGAGGGCAAGCUCAUCGAGCAGGCCUUCAGGAAACGAAGGCCCCGCGGCGUCCCCUGCUUCAGGACCCCACACGGACCCCUCUCCUCUAGGAGCGCACCCGCCUCUCCCAACCACUUGGGGGUGCUGUCGGCUCACUCCAGCGGCGUGCAGACUCCUGAGAGCCUGUCUCGAGAGGGCUCCCCUGUCCCUCUGGAGAUGGACACCUCGGCCCCCGCCGUCAUUACCACGGCGUUGCAGCCCAAGCUGGCCGUGAUCCAAGAGGCUCGCUUUGCACAGACCACCUCAGGCUCCCCCGUCAGCAGCCAGCCGGUCCUCAUCGCCGUCCAGGGUCAGUUACCUCCUAGCAUGAAGCCUGUCACCUACACCAUGGCGUCCCCCGUCAGCACCAGCGCCUCCCAGCCGGCGGUCCAGACCGUCCAUGUCCUGCAGCAGAUCCCAGCGGGAUCCACCGUCAUCGCCCAGCCGGCCACCAUCAUCAGCAAGAGCGAACUGCAGGAGAACGGCGAGCACGCCGAGGUCAAAGUCAAAAUGGAGGGCGUUUCCACCAUCACCUCCACGAGCGGAGCCAGUCGCAUCAUCCAGAGCACCCAGGCGGUCACGCCCCUGCAAACCGUCACCAUCGUGCAGCAGGCGCCCAUUGGUCAGCACCAACUGCCCAUCAAGGCCAUUGUGCAGAACGGCACCCACAGCAUCACCACCGCCAUCCAGAGCGCCGCCAGCUCCGCUGCGGCGGUGGCCAGCCCGCUGCAUCUGCUGGCGGACCACGCCUCCGCCUCUGCCUGCCUCCCCACCAAGCGGCAGAACGGCGACCAGCAGGCGGCAGGAGCGCCCGAUGCUAAGCGUGUCAAAACAGAGGACGCGGCGAGGCCGGCGGCGGACUCGUCAGCAGGUAACGACCCGAUCAGCCGCCUCAAUUAGCUCGUUAAUUACACGCCACACACCCCUCCAGCACCGCGACUUUUUCCCCCUCGCAUCCCUCGUUGUUUCUUUUACUUGUCCCGCCUCCCGAUCUCGAGGUGCCAAACGAGGAGGAAUCUCGUCAUUUUCACUCUUGUGGACUUAAAGAACUGAAACUUAGAAAAGGGGCGGAGCUAAACGGACAUGGCCGCUGACGAAACUCGACUGCAGGAAGCCUUAAAUCCACCUUAAGAGCUGACUUUCGUCCUGAGUGGUCCCGCCUCCGCUCGAGACGGACGCCGCCUCUCUGUCGCAUCUACCUCAGCCGAUAGGAGACCCCGGCGGCCCCUCCUCCCCCCUCCAGUGUCACCAGAACCUACCGGGCCGGCGGCGUGGGUGGCGGCCAUCUUGACAAACCAUCGACACAAUCAGAACGGGAGUCCGUAUUCCCGAACGUUUGGCAGCUAGCCCGCUCAGCUCGGAACUUCCUGUCCCGCAGCCGCGUGGAGCACAGGACUGUUUUUUUGUUUGUUUGUAUUUUUUUUUACAUCUUUUCAUGAACUUCCAUCAUCGAUAUAAAGACGCCAGCUCGGUGACUAAUCUAGAAAAAAGAAAAAAUGACUUGUACGGCAACAGACCCCGCCCCCUUGUGACACGCAAACGCCACGUUGAUCCUGCAUGAGUGCGAGCGCCUUCGCCCCGACGGAAGAAAAAGACAAAAAAAAAAACAAUCCAAAGCUGACCUGCACUUGAUGAAAUGUUUCUGUUCUUUUUUACGCCUCCUUCGUCCUCUUCAUCGCCUUUUCUUUAACUUUUUCUCCUCGUCGUCGUGUUGACCCCGCCCCCGUGACGUCGCUCUGAUUGUACACGUUCCAAACGUAGUCAAAGAAGAAAUGUUUGUUCAGCUUCAGUGGAGGAAUGCUUUUUUUUUUAAAUAAAUUAAUUUAAAGUC